UCCGGCAUCACAUAUAGGAAGAGGCUACUCGCGGUGUGUUAUGCACUGGGCUCCUCACGUCAGUUGUGGAGCAACUGACGACGGACUCUGCAAUGGCGCUCACCGGCCGGCCCACGGAGAUACCGCACGGCCGACGGAAUCAGAAUCUGCGGGCCGGCGGCGGGGUGCCCCCGAGGCUACUUCCCUGCUCCGUACCGACGGACGAAUGAGCACAAACCACCGGCGCACGAUCUGAUUCGACACAGCCCCGCCGCCCGUCUUCUCCUUGACGAAGCCCUCGUUGGUUUGGUUGGUGACAGCCGCCACCCCAACCUCUGCAGCUCUGCUUCGUUGCCUCCGCCCCCCCGCACGAGUCCUCCUCAUACAUAACCAACCACCCACCGGCACCCACGCCACCAUAUUGCUCUCGCUCGCGCGCCGGCACAUCCGCCCCGAGCCACCUCGCGCGCCGGCACAUGGCCGCCUUCCCGUCCUCUUCGCUCUCCGCCACCCCGUGCUCUCAACCCGCCACCCCACUCGGCCUCCAACUCCCACACCAGCCGCCCCGCCUCUCCCUGCUCCCCUUCACCCGCCCCCUCGCGCUCCCCCUCCGCUUCCGCAUUCCGCGCCCCAUCCUCCCUGCCCUCCCCCGGGCGCUCUCCUCCAGCGGGGGCGACGACGGCGACCAUAAUAAUAAUAACGGCGGCGGCGAAGAUGGAGAAGGGGAUGAUGGCGACGGCGAGGGUGACGCGCCCGGCAACCGCGGGGAGGCGCUGUUCGUGCUGGCGCAGCUGGGGAGGAAACUCGAGAGCCUGCCGUCCGAUCUCGCCGCCGCCGUAGAGGGCGGCCAUGUCACCGGGGAGAUCGUAAGGCGCUUCAACGAGUUGGAGGGGUCGGCGCUGUUUCGCUGGCUGCUCCAGUUCCGAGGGUUCAGGGAGCGCCUUCUUGCCGACGAUCUCUUCCUCGCCAAGCUCACCAUGGAGUGCGGCGUCGGUGUCAUCGCCAAGACUGCAGCGGAGUAUGAAAAGAGAAGGGAGAAUUUUGUCAAGGAGAUUGAUAUUGUGAUCGCCGAUGUGGUCAUGGCAAUAGUAGCGGAUUUCAUGCUUGUCUAUCUUCCUGCUCCAACUGUAUCUUUGCAGCCACCACUUGCAAGAAAUGCUGGAGUUAUUGCCAACUUUUUCCAUAACUGCCCAGAUAACGCUUUCCAAAUCGCUUUGGCUGGAAGGUCGUACACACUUCUGCAGAGGCUAGGAGCUAUUAUGAGGAAUGGUGCAAAGCUUUUCGCAGUGGGAACUAGUGCUUCUCUGAUUGGCACUGGUGUCACCAAUGCACUGAUCAAAGCAAGGAAGUCUGUUGACAAGGAACUUGAUGACGAGGUCGAGGAUAUUCCAAUCGUAUCAACUAGUGUCGCCUAUGGUGUAUACAUGGCAGUUUCUAGUAACCUCAGGUAUCAGGUUCUGGCUGGUGUAAUCGAACAGAGGAUGCUGGAGCCACUGCUGCAUAACCACAAGCUUCUACUGAGUGCAAUGUGCUUUGCCGUUCGUACGGGGAACACAUUCUUGGGUUCUUUGCUCUGGGUUGACUAUGCCAGAUGGGUUGGCGUCCAAAAGGUUCAAGAAGAGAGCUAAAGUUCCAGCAACUUAUUUCCAUGUUCUUUUGUUACCGGGCAUAUUCGAAACACCUACAAUAGUACAAUGGCUCGUCUGCUCUCUAAAAUGUUAUUCUUGUUUUCAUUGGAGGCCUAUGGGACAGAUUUUAGUUUUGUUUAGAACGACUGAAGUAGAGAGAUCUGUCGAAUUCUUGUGAGCAACAUCGUUGUUACCUUUCUUCCAAGUUUGCAACUUGCAAGGGCUGUCAUUUGGGAUCUAUAUUAUACUGGGAAUUUCAUAAUACUACCUAUGAGUUUCAACCCUA